AUGCAGUCUGACGGGGAGGAAACCUCACUGCAUUCAUGCUUCGGCUCACUAAAGAGUGCCGUCAUGGGUUGCUGUUACAGUAUUUGUCAGAAGGAAACAGAUCCGGAGGAGAAUGUUGUGAACGAGAGGACGCAUCUCCUCGAAGUGGCGGAACAGCAGCAGGAGACCCCGUCACCGACGGCGUGCGCCGCGACGCCGCCGCGGAAGCCCGAUGAGCAGAGCGCCCUCAAUCGAAUAUUACAUGAAACCGCUACUAACGUGAUAGACGUGGGCGCGCUGGGCCCGUACGCGCUGGAGGCGAGCGCGUACAACGAGCGAGUGCGCGUGUACACGACACGAGCUGCCGCCGCGCAGCCGCCGCCGCCCGCCGCGCCGCGCCUGCUGGCCGACCUGCCGCCCGCCGCACGCGCCGCCGCGCUCGCCGCCCCGCCGCCCGCCAGCCAGGACCGCGACCUGAUAGCAAAUGCGGUGAAGAAAGCUGCGGCAGCAAUUUCCGAGCUCAGGGUAGAGCACCACGAGGACCUGGUGGUACCAUUCCGGGUGCCAUAG